AUGCGUUCGGAUGGAUCAGCAGUUUUAGCGAAGACUGGGGAGUCUUCGUCUGAGCGAAAGGUCGAAACUGUUCGAGCGCACUCAGCAACCACGUCGAGUCGCGGAUCGCAACGGCGCUAUUAUCGUUCUUUAGACCUGGACCCAGAGCCUGACCCAGAGCCAUACAUAUCUGUCCCAAAUAUAACAGAUACUCGAGAGUCGUUAGAAAUGACCCGACUUGAGGCGCUGCACACCCUCGAUACAUGCCGCCAAGUAAUUGCGUCCCUCGAGUUGACAAGACUGCGCAAAUCUCGCAGCGGAUUAUGUCAUUGGAUGGCAUUUUGGGAGCGACUAUAUGAUCGGUCAUUCGCGAAUGUCUUGUCGUCCCGAGUCAUGGCGGCAUUAUACAAAGUUGAUGCAUUGUUUCGUGCUGUGUCCUUUGACCUCCACCAGCUUGCGCAGAAGACAGAGCUUGCCAUCGCCAGCGCUUCGUCUGAGAAGGAGAUUCUCCAUAUUCUCGAGAGAAUGGAAGACGAAGUUGGUAUACGGCGGCGACGAAGACGCAGAAAAGCUCAACAUAUCCUCCAAAAAAUGCGCGCCAAUAUCGAGGCGAUUCCAGUCAAAGUCGGUGAUGAGCUCUUCGACGACAUGAAACGGGGUGUAUUUGCCUUGGACGUCUUUGGAGAUUACCACCCAGGAGACGAGAGAGCGGAGCAAACCGAAAGAACGUGGUCUCAACCUUUCCUUGACCAACCUGUUGGACUGGUUGCAGUUUCUCCAUACCUCUACCGACAAUGGCGCGAAUCCGCAGUUUCGGAUAGCACUUCCAUGCCUUUGACCACGUAUAGUUCCAAUCCCCGCUGGACGGACUCUGUGGGAUGGGUGGAUAAUGGGCGGGGUCCCUCUAUGUGA